UUGAAAAUAACACAAAAUGAGAGUGCUCUGUUGUACGUGAAACCAAUUUCACCCAAGCUCAUCAGUCUUCCAAAUUUUAUAAGAAAAGAGGAAAUUGACAACAAAGUGAAACAAAAUGAGUGACAAAUGAGUGAUAGAUGAGUGAUAUAAACAGGUUUUAAAUCCAACCCUGUUUCAACCUGGGAAAUCAAAAGUUCUUGAAUAUGGUUGAAAAGGACGGGUUUAGCUCCGGAGAUCUGGAGCAUAGAACCAGGAGCUCUGUAGAGCCGGAGCCAAGAAUGAGAAGCAGGUUUGGUUCCUGCGGCUCCAGUGCUGCUUCUCCGGAACUAGAGGAGAAGCAAGAUUCUCUGGAGAGACAGCUGAGCACAGAGCUGGAGCUAAAGCUGCAAAAACGACGAGAGUCGGAGCAGCGCAAACUCUCCGUUGAGUUCGGAGAAUUGGAUGAGGAGGAGGGAAACCUUCAGCUCUCGGAGAAACGACAGCUCCGGAGUUUCUCUAGAGCUGAUGAAUAUCUGUACGCUAUGAAGGAGGAUUUAGCAGAGUGGUUGAACCUUCUCUACCCUUGGAUUCAGAUCAGAGCUGAUACUUUCAUGGAUUCACUUCAAACCGGAGAACAUCUUCUUAGGCACGCGAAUGCAGUCCGGCGCAAGCAUGAGGAGAUUCUAGAGAAGAUCUGGUUGGGGGAGUACAGCAGGAAACCUCCAGAUUUCAUGGUUCCUCCAGUAGAUAUUCCUAUCAGGGAGAACGUCAUUCCUGGCACUUGGUUUGCCCGGGACAAUGUUUACAACUUUAUCAAGUUCUGCCGCGGCCUCCAGGUGAUGGAAGUUAUCAUGUUUGAGACGGAGGACCUGGUGUCCCAGAAGAAUGAGAAGCAUGUUGUGUUGACUCUAUUGGAAGUAGCAAGGAGAGGAGCCCAUCUAGGGAUGCUGGCUCCAAUGCUGGUUCAGUUCGAGCAACAGAUAGAUAUGGAGUUAGCUAGAGAAGAAAAAGAGAGAAGAAGACUAGAGAAGGAAGAACGAGAGAAGGAGAAGAUAUUGAAAGAGGAAGAGAGAUUGAAGAAGAAGGAGUUGAAGGAGAAGGAGGAGAAGGAGAAGAAAGAGCAGAAGGAGAAGGAGGAGAGGGAGAGGAGGGAGGAGUUUGAUUUGUUUCCAAGUCUAGCUGUCGAAGUCCAGGAUGAUACAGGUAUGGAUGAUUUAUUGGACGAAUUAAAUUCCAACCAAUAUGAUGAAGACUUUGAGGAAAUAGAAGAAGAAGAAGAAGAAGAGGAAGAAGAAGAGGAAGAAGAAGAGGAGGAAGAGGGAUAUCCCUAUCCUAUUGGACCAAUGCCUCAGGAGAUCCAUAAUGAUCUUCGGAGUCUAGACGAAAUGGUUCGGGAUCUUCUUUCUGAGUGCCAGUGUCCCUCCCAGUUCCCGAUGAUCAGGGUCUCUGAAGGAAAAUAUAGAAUAGGAGAUACCAAAGUUCUUAUCUUUGUGCGGAUAUUACGGAGUCACGUGAUGGUGAGGGUUGGAGGAGGAUGGGAUACUCUGCAGAAUUAUCUAGAUAAACAUGACCCUUGUCGGUGUAGAAGAGGGCACCGGUCUACAACUGGAGCUCAUUUGUCACUAAGAAACCGGUCUGGACCGAUGGCAGCUGGAGUUUCCUUUGACAGAAACUACGUAUAUACUGGUAUAAGAAAGGGUUCUGUACCUGUACCUCUAUAUCUGGAACCAGUACAAUGGUGUGAGUCUCCUGCAACACGUCGUAGGUCUUCUGGGUACAAUACUCAAGUACAUAGUUCAUACUCAAGGAACUGGGAUUCCCCCCGAGGAAGUUUGGCGAAUAUUGGCACCCCCCGGGAUCUACAUAGGGGGAUUACUGGGCACACGCCCCUUCCUCGGUCCAGAUCCCCCUCCGGAUCCCUUCGAGGCUCACAUGGAGGAGUACAGAGGAUUGGAACUCUGGAGAGAGAACAGAGUAAACUGUCCAAGGAUCGCAUUGAAGUAUCUGGGUAUAGAAGUUACUCAUCCUGUAGUUUACUCCCUGAACCAGGACACAGAGACGGAGUUCAAGUUUGUGACUCUAGCUCUGAGGUAUCAGAUGAGGGAUACAAGUCUAGUCAAGGAAAUGUUAGCAAACUUGAAGGAGGUAGAGGAGAAGGAGGAGACGGAGGUGAAGGAGGAGAAGGAAGAGAAGGAAGAGAGGGAGAAGGAGAAAGAAGGGAAGAAUGUAAAAGAGAAAGAACUUCAGAAAAUCUUUCAAGAACUUCAGGUCGUCCAGAUUCAAGUUUAACAGUAGCCUCGGACUGUAGUUCUACCAUCUCUACAGAGGACGAGGAGACGGUUCCUUUAUCUCCAUCCCCUCCCCUGCUCCCAAACCCCCCGGAGCAACCCGGCAUAUCGGAGCUCAAAAAUCCGGGAACUCACCUUUCUCCUGCUACAAAAAGCCGGCUUGCUAAUCUGUUCAAGAAAAUCCCCAAGUUUUCAAAGGACUCGAGGGCCGAGAAAGGGUUAAUUGAAAACAAUUCUAGUCAAAACCUGCCAACCUUAAAUAGUGCCAAGAAACCCUCUAGUUCUCAACUAAGAACCCUUCCCCCUCCCCCCUCCUCCGCUCACAAACAGAAGACGACAUCAAACGUACAAAGAACGCGGUCAAUGAGCAGUGAUAAUGGUUUUGGUCGGGGCUCGGAGCGUGGCUCGUACCGAGCUCCUAAGGGUCAGAGCAGAUACAUGCAAGCGGCGGAGGCAUAUAGAAACAAGAGUGUAUCCGGCACUUGGUCCUCCGCCACACCCUCUAGAAGUCGACCCGCCCUGGCCUCAGAUACAUUUACCCCACGCCCAAUUCGAACUGCCUCGGCAUCUCCUGCUCCAACCAGAAAACGGUUUAACUCCGGCUCGAAAGAAAGUUCCCCACAGUCAAGCGGUGGAUACGUGAUCACAAGCACCCAGUCAACCCCGUCCAGAAAACCUAUACGGCGGAGUGAAAGCCGGGAGCUUGAACUAGAGACAGAUGAGAUGAUCCUACGUCGAAUGGAAGAGAUCUUGUUUACAUACAAGAGCAAGGUUGAGGAUAGAUUGGCUGCGGAAGGGAAGGAGCUCCCUAAAGAUAUUUUUCAAGAUUUUACCGAACACUGGAUCAACUCUUCUCCCUACAGAGCUAAAUCAGUUGAUUCCCUUGACUCCGGUGAUAGAUCUAUUGAUAAGAGUUCUGAAAGAACUCCAAGUAUAGUUAAGACCAGGAAGGAUACUAGAGAAGGAUACUCUAGUACCAAGAUACCAGUCCCAACCUUCUACAAGAACUCAAUGUCUUGAGGAAGUAAAGAAAGAAUUACUAAUAUUUGUAACAAUAGUGCAUAUCAAGCUAGAGACAAAUCAAUGGAAGUCCACGACUAAUUUAAUCGAUUGUUAAAAUUCUAACGUUUAUUGUGAUUGCUCAAACAUAGGUGCUUUAAUUAAACCAGAGGGACAGAGUAAAAAAGGUUUUAAAGGGACAGUAAAGGAAAAAAUGAAAGGGGGUAUAGGCUGAAAGCUAAUCACUUUAGCUUUUCAUCGAGACCCUUGAGACGCCUAUCUGAAGUUCCUAACUCGAGAAUUGAUAUAAAGCUGUUUCAAACUUGUACGAAAAUGCAGAUAUAUACAAUUUCGUAUAGAAAUAGUAGGUUUAAACAGACCAUGCUCAGAAAAACAGCAACCAAUCUGAAAAAGAUGAUAUCCCAGAGA